AUGUACGCCAAGGGGGGCAAGGGCUCGGCGGUGCCCUCCGACAGCCAGGCCCGCGAGAAGCUGGCCUUGUAUGUCUAUGAGUAUCUGCUACACGUAGGAGCCCAGAAGUCGGCCCAGACCUUUCUGUCUGAGAUCCGAUGGGAGAAGAACAUCACGCUGGGGGAGCCCCCAGGGUUCCUGCAUUCCUGGUGGUGCGUAUUCUGGGACCUGUAUUGUGCGGCUCCGGACCGGAGAGAGGCCUGUGAACACUCCAGUGAGGCCAAGGCCUUCCAGGACUAUAGCUCUGCAGCAGCCCCUAGUCCUGUGAUGGGGAGCCUGGCCCCCAGUGACACCAUGGCACCCGGCUUCUUCCAGGGCCCCCCCAGCUCCCAGCCGCCCCCCCACAAUCCCAACACCCCUAUGAUGGGGUCUCAUAGCCAGCCCUUCAUGUCACCGCGGUUCCCAGGGGGCCCCCGGCCCACCCUGCGGAUGCCGAGUCAGCCUCCUGUCGGGCUCCCUGGCUCCCAGCCCCUCCUUCCUGGUGCCAUGGACCCCUCCCCACGUGCACAGGGGCAUCCAAGCAUGGGUGGCCCAAUGCAGCGGGUAACGCCUCCCCGGGGCAUGGCCAGCGUUGGGCCCCAGAGCUAUGGAGGAGGCAUUCGGCCCCUGCCCAACUCGCUUGCUGGCUCUGGGUUGCCUGCCCUAAACAUGGGCCCAGGAGUGCGAGGUCCGUGGGCCAGCCCCAGUGGCAACUCAAUCCCCUAUUCUUCAUCCUCCCCUGGCAGCUACACAGGACCCCCUGGAGGAGGUGGCCCCCCUGGAACUCCCAUCAUGGCCAGCCCUGGAGACUCCAACUCCAGUGAGAACAUGUACACCAUCAUGAACCCCAUCGGGCCCAGUGCUGGCAGGACUAAUUUCCCUCUCAGCUCUGGCCCGGAGGGCACCAUGGCGGCCAUGAGUGCGAUGGAACCGCAUCACGUGAACGGAUCCCUGGGCUCGGGCGACAUGGACGGGUUGCCGAAGAGCUCCCCCGGCGCUGUGGCCGGCCUGAGCAACGCCCCGGGCACCCCGCGGGACGAUGGCGAGAUAGCGGCCGCCGGGACUUUCCUGCACCCGUUCCCGAGUGAAAGUUAUUCACCCGGGAUGACCAUGAGCGUGUGA